AUGGAAAAAUCAGAAAAUCGUAAAAGUUAAAUCUGCUUAAGUUCUUUAUUUGGUUUUAAUAAAUUAACAGUUAGAACAUAAGUAUUGAUAAUUCAAGUGCUAAUUUAAUUUUUUGUAGGAACAUUAUUAACCCUAAUAAGUUAUUUGGCAUUUUAACACAUUAUAGAUAUGUACUCAAAUAUUUCAUUAGAAUUCUAUGUUACAUAAUAUUACAAAAAAACAGAUAUGAUUAGUUAUUUAUAAGUGAGAAGUUCUUAGGAAGUGUUAUUGAGAAGUUAGACUCAUCUUUUAAAGUCUGAUUUUUUAUAUCAAUUCAUAUAAUCUAUAGAAUUGGAAUAUAUAUAGUAACCAUUAAAUUGCCUUAAUUAUGAUGAUAAAAUGGACAAAUAUUAAUAUGAAUAAACAUUUUGUUUUGGUUUCUUUGGAGAUAAAUUAUAUCCUCUUACAAAUAAGGAUUAAUUAGCAAUGAAUUAUUCUUCUUUUUUAACUUAAACCCUACCAAUUAUGGAUAUGGAUUUAGAUUUAUUAUUUUCAACAAUUGGAGAUCAAAUGUACUUUUCCAUUUGGCCUGGAGAUCCUUUUCCUAAUUAUAAGCCACAUAGAAGGAUAUGGUAUACUAAUCAUUUAAAGUAAAUAGAAGAUAAAAAUUAUAAUUUGACUUAUUUUAGUGAUCCAUACAUUGUAUGGACUUGGUUUUUAUUUAUGGUUACAUAGACAAGGAAUAUGACAAAUAUAAAUGGAUAAUUGGAUGGUGUUCUUGGAAGUGAUUUAAAUUUUAGUUUAUUUAAUACUCUAUAAUAGAAAUAAGAAAAUGUUACAUUUUCAAUAAUAGAUUAAAAAGGUCAAUUUUUAUUAAGUUAAUUCAAUAUUAGUGAAGAUGCAUAUAUAUAUGAUACUGAUAAAUCAGGAUUUAAUUUGGAUGAUUUUGAGCAAAUAAAUAAUUCAUUACAUAAGAACAGUUUUAUUAAUAAUUGUUCAAAGAUUGAACAAUUAUUUAAUAAUGAAAGACUAUGUAGAUACAAUACAGUAGCAAAUACUGAAGAAUUAAUCGUAGCAAAAUUCCUUUAUCCUACGGAUUUAAUUUUACUAAUGUAUAAGAUUUGAAAUUUUAUCGUUUUAGUUAAGUAGAUCUUCUUGAGAAAGAGAAAGAACUAUUAAAUUAGCUUAGUUAAAUAAAAAACAAUUUUUAAGAUUUUUUCAGGAUGUAUGUAUUGAUUGGAAUUACAACGGCAUUAUUAUCAAUGCUUUUAAGUUCAUUAGUAAUUUAUGUAACAUUAAGUCCAAUAACAAAUCUAAUAUUAUACACUAGUUAAUAGAUAACAAAAGAAUAUGAUCUUAUGUAACAGUAAAUCAAUUAGAAGGUUCAUCUUAAAUAGAGCAAAUAUUCUUUAAAGACUAUUUAAGAAUUACACGAAGCCUUCAGGAAAAUGAACAUUAAAUUAUUUAAUCAUAAAGAAGGAAGAAAGAAUAUCACAUGUUAAGAACUUGAAUAAAUAUAGUUUCCUUUAAAACCUUUGGAGACUUUAUAAUUUAAGAUUUCUAAUUUUCAAGUAAGCAUUUUAAAAAUAAAUUAGAAUCAUAACUUAUAAGAUGAAGAAUUAAGAGAAUUUUAUCCAUUUGAUUUCUUGAGACUUCAUUAAAAGAGAAUAAGAUGUUGUUAUAAUUAUGCUACAAAAUGA